AUGGCGCUAUCAGAUGCUGAGAAGGCGGCUUUGGAGCCCUUGUUUGUGAAGAUUAACGCUGACGCUGAGAAGAUUGGAGGUGAAGCCAUGGAGAGUCUCUUCCAGCACCAUCCAGACACCAAGUCCCACUUCACUCACAUGGACGUGACCCCCGGCAGUCAGGAUCUGAAGACACAUGGAGGGAAGAUCAUCCACGCUAUUAAUGAUGCCCUCAACCACUAUGGAAAUCUGCAGGAGAACUUGGCCACCCUGCGGGAGAUGCACACCAACAAGCUGAAGCUCAGUGUGGACAACAUCAAGCUGCUGUGUGGUUGUCUCCUGGAGGUCAUCGUCAAGCAUUUCCCAGAUGUGGACAAGUCGGCCUGUGACAAGUUCCUCAAUGAAGUUGCUGUUGCCCUGAUCUCCAGGGUCGGAGUUUCACAACAGCAGGAGGGCCACAGAUUGAGAAUCCCUGCAGUAGACUAUGCAGCCGGGGCAGAAGGAAUGAUGUCACCGGUUGUAGGAGACAUAAAUGGGCUUGUGUGGUCUAGUCCUGUACCUAUGGCUGAAGACAUCAUUUCGGCUGAAAGCCGUUCCUCCUCCUCUUCUGAUGAAGAUGAUGCCACUUAUCUUUUUUCUGCGGAGAAGGCGCAAAGACUUCUACGCUCCAUCCGAGGGAUCAUGAUGAGCAAGGGGAAGCUCCACCAUCCACCUCUAGGGGGCUAA